AUGAUUCAGAAUAAUGCCAGUAGUAGUUAUCAAUUGAACAGUUUUAAUCAGAGUGAUUCAGCGGUUGCAAUGUUAAAUGACAGUUUAAUUCGCAUUGAAAUAACUGAAUUUAUACAAAAAGUAAAUUUUUGGAUAACAAUCAUGGAAAUUGUUAUGGUUAUAUGUGGAAUACUUGGUAAUGGGCUUGCACUUAUUGUUAUCAAUCGUCGUUCAUUACGUGACACAUCAUCAAGUGUAUUUAUUACAUAUUUAGCAAUAUUUGAUAUAUUAGUUCUUGCUGUUCAUAUUACAAAUUUAGCAAUAUCAUAUUAUAUACAAUCAUACAUAUUACAUUGUUUUUUUGCUUAUUUAACCGAUCUUGUCACAUUUUGCAGUGUUUGGAUUAUGGUUAUAAUGACAUUGGAACGUUGUGUUGCUGUACAUUCACCAUUUUUAGCCAAACGUUUUUGCACUACAGAACGUGCACGUUAUUCAAUAUAUAUUCUUAUAGUUUUAUCAAUUAUUUUAUUUUCAUCAACAUUCCCAACUAUAUUUAUCGUAGAUACAUUUCAACAAAAAUGUAUGGUUCGUCCUCGCUAUCAAAAAAUAAUACGUAUUAUAAAACCAACAAUAUUUUACUUUGUGCCUGAUAUUCUUUUACUAGCAAAUAUAUUUGUUAUCUACGAAUUAUUUAUGGCUAAACGACAGCGUACAAAAACAUCAAUGAAUCCUGACAAUGCUAUCCAUCGAUUGAAUGCUACGUCAUUUAAUAGAAAACAACAACAAUUAACAGUCAUGCUCGUUACAGUUUCAUUAAGUUUCUAUUUUUUUACAACACCAGCUAUUAUUGAUUAUAUUCGUCAGAUGAAUCCACCAAAACAUCAUGAUGUAAAACGACUUAAAUUACGUUUUUUAUUGACGAAUUUGUCUGUUCUGUGGCUUCAAAUGAGUUCAGCGACGAACUUUUUAUUUUAUUGUUUGGCUGGUUCAAAAUUUCGCGCAGCGUGCAUAGAUACAUUCAGUGAUAUCUAUGAUUUUCUGGAAAUGAAAUCAAGUAAUCAAGAAGUUCGAUUGCGACGACGACGAAAACGACAAACUAAAAAUGAUACUUAUUUAAGUUCAAAUAUCAACCAAGAUCAUCGUAAUCAGCUGGGAAAUGGUCGCAAUAGACAACGAUCAACUUCGAUGACGCAGACAUGUGUAUUCCAACUGAAUGAUUUAUCCAAACAGCCUAGUAAUGAAACAAUGGCCAGCAUACAAUUGAACAGUAGACGACCAUCGACAGUUGCAUUCAAUGGAGAUGACGCUUAA